UGUGUGUGUGUGUGUGUGAGUGGGGGGGUCCUUUUCCUCGCCACUCCAGCCGUGUGAUUCAUGCGGAGAGCGGCGCUGAAACGCGGAUUACGAUCAGUAGCGAUGUGCUCAUUUCACUGGGAAUAAACCGAACACACGCACGCGGAGGCGCGAGGCAGUGCGGGAGCGGCUAUCGGCUCUCGGCUCGUGCUGUACUCGUCUUUUCAAAGCCGCCUCCAGAUUCUCUCUCUCUCUCUCUCUCUCUCUCUCUCUCUCUCUCUCUCUCCUGGACAUCGGCGUGGACGGUGCGCGGACACGCUGCCGCUUCUCAUCCUCACUGUCUUUGCUUUUCUUUGGUAAUUUUGUUUGUUUUCUUUCCGGCGUGACAGAAACCUUCCUGCGAAAUUUCGACGAACCCCGCGGUGCGCGCGAGAUGGUUCAGUCCAGCUGCACGAGCCCGCUCUCGUCGCGCGGGGGUUUCUCUCAGCGCCGCCGCGCACUCACACGUCCUUCUUAAAGAGCAGCGGAUAGCAGUGGCCUGCCAACAAAAUACGAGAAGAAACAAGAGGGCAAACAGAAGAAGGGAAACGCAAAACAAGCCCCUGCCAUGAGCGCCGCUGUGGACUCGAACGGAACUGGACCGGCGAGGAGCGCGUGCGGAUGCGCGUGCAGCGAGCGGAGGAGAGCGGAGGGCGUCGCGCGGAUGUGGCAGCGGUGGAGCUGGAGCUGGAGAUGGAACACGAACAUGAGCACGAGCACGAGCAGGAGCAGGAGCUGGAGCUGGAACUGGAGCCCGCUCCUGCUAUUCUGCACGGGACUACUGGCCGCAUCGGCUCACGCUCAAAACUGCAGUUACACACUAUAUAGUCCGAAUGGGACGAUAGAAAGCCCUGGAUACCCUUACGGAUACCCAAACUACGCUAACUGCACAUGGGUGAUUGUGGCACAGGAACACAACAGGAUACAGUUGGUAUUCCAAGGCUUUGCUUUAGAAGAGGACUUUGACAUACUCUCUGUCUAUGAUGGGCAGCCAAGCCCUGGAAACCUACGAACCCGGUUAACGGGCUUCCAGCUUCCUCCACCCAUAGUCAGCACUGGAGCAAGACUUACACUGUGGCUACUGUCAGACUAUGCUGUGAGUGGCCAGGGCUUCAAAGCAGUAUAUGAAGCCCUUCCCAGCUACACCUGUGGUAACCCUGGCCAGCUGCUCAACGGCCUCCAACAGGGCUCCACCUUCAACAUCGGAGACAAGAUCCGCUACAGCUGCAGUCAAGGCUACGUGCUGGAGGGUCACACCAUACUGUCCUGCCUGGCCACCUCGUCCGGCACGGCUGCAUGGGACUUUCCCUUGCCCUACUGCCGAGCGGAUGAUGGCUGCGGGGGUACGCUGCGGGGUCAGAGUGGCAUCAUCACCAGCCCUAAUUACCCCCAGGAGUACAACAACAAUGCAGACUGCACAUGGACAGUGUUGGCUGAGCCAGGUGACACUAUUUCGCUGGUCUUCACUGACUUCCAGCUGGAGGAAGACUACGAUGUCCUGGAGGUCAGCGGCACCGACGGCUCCUCCCAGUGGUUCACGGGUCCCAACCUCCCUUCUCCCAUAAUUAGCAGUAAGAACUGGCUGCGGCUCCAUUUUACCACUGAUGGCAACCACAAGCUCAGGGGCUUCAGCGCACAGUACCAAGUGAAGAAGAUGACAGAGCUGAAGUCCAGAGGGGUCAAGAUGCUCCCAAGUAAAGACAACCACAGCAAAAUUUCAGUCUUGUCCCAGAUGGGUGUGGCACAAGGACACAACAUGUGUCUGGACCCUGGGAUCCCAGACCGGGGAAAAAGAAAAGGCUCAGACUUCAGACGCGGGGCCACAGUGCACUUCUCCUGUGAUGAGGGCUACGAGCUCCAGGGCUCCAAGAGCAUCACCUGCAUGCGUGUGACGGACAGCUAUGUGGGCUGGAGUGAUGACCGGCCCAUCUGCAGAGCACCCAUGUGUGGUGGUCAGCUUCGUGGUCCCAGCGGUGUCAUCACAUCUCCAAACUUUCCAGUCCAGUACGAUAACAACGCCAACUGCACCUGGAUCAUUACAGCAUCAGAUCCCAACAAGGUGAUAAAGCUGACCUUUGAAGACUUUGACCUGGAGCGUGGCUACGACACCCUAACAGUGGGUGACGGAGCUGUAAUUGGGGAUCAGAGGACCGUCUUUCAUGUGCUAUCGGGGACCAGCACUCCAGACCUUGUGGUCAGCACCAGCCAUCAGAUGUGGCUGAAUUUCAAGACAGAUGACACUAGUGGUUCCCUGGGUUUCAAGGUGUCUUACGAGGAAAUUGACCAGGGUGGGUGUGGAGACCCUGGAAUUCCAGCCUAUGGAAAGCGAGAAGGCUCAGGCUUCCGGCACGGGGACAGGCUGUAUUUUGAGUGCUUGCCGGCUUUUGAGUUGGUGGGCAAAAAGAACAUCACCUGUCAAAAGAACAACCAGUGGUCAGCCAAGAAGCCCAGCUGUGUGUUCUCCUGCUUCUUUAACUUCACCACUCCAUCUGGAGUCUUGCUGUCACCCAACUACCCUCAGGAGUACGGCAACAACAUGCAUUGCGUGUGGCUGAUCAUCGCUAAGCCAGAGAGCCGCAUCAACCUGGCCUUCAACGACCUGAGCAUGGAGAAACAGUUCGACUUUCUGUCCAUCAAAGACGGGGGCAAGGCUGAGUCGCCCAUUUUGGGCACUUUUUCUGGUGAUGUGCUGCCCUCACCCAUCACCACCAGUGGGCAUGUGGCACGGCUGGAGUUUCUCACAGACCACACGUACACGGACCGUGGCUUCAACAUCACCUUCACCACGUUUCGGCACAAUGAGUGCCCUGACCCUGGCGUGCCUGUCAAUGGAAAGCGCUUUGGGGAGAGCCUGCAACUCGGCAGCUCCAUCUCCUUCCUGUGUGAGGAAGGCUUUGUGAAGACCCAUGGCUCUCAGACCGUCUCCUGCAUUCUCAAAGAUGGCAAUGUGGUAUGGGACAAUGCUGUGCCACGCUGUGAAGCUCCAUGUGGUGGAGACCUGAAAGCCCCUAGUGGCAUCAUCCUGUCCCCAGGGUGGCCUGAGCUCUAUAAAGAAGCCCUCAACUGUGAGUGGAUCAUCGAGGCUCCACCUGGAUACCCCAUCAAGAUCAUCUUUGACAAGUUCCGAACAGAGGUGAAUUACGAUGUUCUGGAGGUGCGGGACGGGCGCUAUCCCUCCUCACCUCUGAUUGGUAGUUACCAAGGUACCCAAGUGCCCCAGUUCCUCAUCAGCACCUCCAGCUUCCUGUACCUGCUCUUCUCCACUGACAAGAGCCAUUCGGACAUUGGCUUCCGCAUCAGAUAUGAAACCUUGCAGCUGCAGUCAGACCACUGUGUUGACCCUGGGAUCCCAGUCAAUGGCCAACGACACGGCAAUGACUUUUACGUGGGGGCGCUAGUGACGUUUAGUUGUGAAGCGGGAUACACACUGAGUGACCCUGAGCCUUUGGAAUGCGAACCGAACUUCCAGUGGAAUCGGCCCCUCCCCAGCUGCGAUGCUCUCUGCGGUGGGUUUAUUCAGGGAAACUCUGGCACCAUUCUGUCGCCUGGCUUUCCGGACUUCUACCCCCACAACCUCAACUGCACCUGGAUGAUUGAGACCUCACAUGGCAAAGGUGUCCAGUUCACCUUCCACACGUUUCAUCUGGAAAGUCCUCAUGACUAUCUGCUGGUGACAGAGAAUGGUAGUUUCUCUCAGCCACUGUGGAGGCUGACCGGCUCUACUCUGCCCCCUCCUCUCAGUGCUGGUCUGUUUGGGAACUACACCGCUCAGAUCAGAUUCCUCUCUGACUUCUCUGUCUCUUAUGAAGGUUUCAACAUCACCUUCUCAGAGUAUGAUCUAGAGCCGUGUGAGGACCCUGGUGUGCCUCCUUUCAGCACCCGUAAAGGGCUGCAGUUCGGGGUGGGGGACGCGCUCAUCUUCUCCUGCUUCCCUGGAUACCGGUUGGAGGGGCCAGCGAGGGUGGUGUGUUUAGGGGGGCGGCGGCGGGUCUGGAGUUCCCCUCUCCCAAGGUGUGUUGCUGAGUGCGGCUCCUCUGUGACGGGGAAACAAGGAGUCCUCCUCUCACCAAACUAUCCCGGUUACUAUGGCAACAAUCACGAGUGCAUCUACUCCAUCCAGACACAGCCUGGCAAGGGCAUCCAGCUCAGGGCUAGAGACUUCCGCCUGGAGGAGGAUGACAUGCUGAUGGUGUACGAUGGCAACAGUAACCGUGCCCGCUUGCUGGGCGUCUUCACUGGUACAGAGCUGAUGGAGAUGACUCUGAACAGCACGUCCAGCACCAUGUUCAUGGAGUUUAUCAGUAACAAUGAGAACACCAGCAAAGGCUUUGAGCUUCACUUCACCAGUUUUGAGCUGGUGAAAUGUGAGGAUCCAGGUGUGCCUCAGUUUGGGUAUAAACGUGAGGAUAAGGGUCACUUUGCAGGAAGCACCGUGUCAUACAGCUGUGACCCGGGAUACACUCUGAAGGGGACAGAGGUGCUGACAUGUCUCAGAGGGGAGAGGAGGGCAUGGAACAGCCCUCUCCCACAGUGCGUGGCCGAGUGUGGGGGGGCAAUUAAGGACGAGCCGGCGGGUCGUAUCCUGUCUCCUGGUUACCCCGCACCCUACGAGCACAACCUGCACUGCGUGUGGACCAUCGAGGCGGCACCUGGGAGCACAGUCGGGCUGCAUUUCCUGGUGUUCCACACAGAAGAGGUACAUGAUGUGUUGCGGAUCUGGGACGGGCCUCAGGAUGGUGGGGUGCUGCUUAGGGAACUGAGUGGCUCCACUCUGCCCCCAGACCUGCACAGCACCUUCAACUCCAUCAGCCUUCAGUUCACGACUGACUUUUUCACUAGCAAGCAGGGCUUCGCUCUGCAGUUCUCAGUCUCCACGGCCACUUCCUGUAAUGACCCUGGCAUGCCAACUAAUGGAACUCGCAGUGGGGACAGCCGAGAGCCAGGGGACCAUGUGGUCUUCCAGUGCGAUCCUGGGUAUGUCCUGCAGGGGGCGACGAAAAUCACCUGCUCAGAGAUCAACAACCGUUUCUUCUGGCAGCCUGAUCCACCUACCUGCUCAGCUCCCUGUGGGGGAAAUCUGACAGGUCCAAGUGGUCUAAUUCUGUCUCCUGAGUACCCAGAGCCCUAUCCUCAUGGUAGAGAAUGUGACUGGACAGUCACUGUAACACCAGACUACAUUAUCUCUCUCUCUUUUAACCACUUUAGCCUGGAGCCCAGCUAUGACUUUUUGCACAUCUAUGAUGGGCCCGACUCUCUCAGCCCACUGCUGGGCAGCUUCUACGGCACAGACGUCCCAGAGCGCAUCGAGAGCAGCUCCAAUACCCUUUUCCUGGCCUUCCGCAGCGACGCUUCUCUAAGCAGCAAUGGCUUUGUCCUGCAGUACACAGAAAACCCCAGAGAGUCGUGCUUUGAGCCAGGCCUCGUCCGAAACGGAACGCGCAUUGGCACAGAGUUGAAGCUGGGCUCCACGGUCACCUACUACUGCGAUAAUGGCUACACUCUGGAGGGAGAGGCCACUCUCACCUGCAUCAUGGGAUCAGAUAGCAAGCCCAGCUGGAACAAACCGAAGCCUGUGUGCAUAGCUCUGUGUGGUGGUCAGUACUCUGGGCUGGAAGGAGUUGUGCUUUCCCCUGGUUAUCCUGGAAACUACAGCAGUGGGAGAACGUGUCUCUACUCAGUGACAGUACCCAAGGACUAUGUGGUGUUCAGCCAGUUUGCCUUCUUCCAGACGGCUCUGAAUGAUGUGGUGGAGGUGUAUGAUGGUCCUACACAACACGCUCGUGUCUUAAGCUCACUUUCUGGGGCUCAUUCAGGUGAGUCACUUCCACUGGCGACCUCCAACCAGAUCCUCAUCCGUUUCACCUCUAAAGGACAGUCCACCGCCAGAGGCUUCCACCUGGUCUACCAAGCCGUCCCUAGAACCAGCGCAACUCAGUGCAGCUCAGUCCCGGAGCCCAGGCAUGGGAGGCGCACAGGGAACAAUUUUGCGGUGGGGGCUGUGGUGCGUUUCGAGUGUAACGCAGGAUACGUGCUGGAGGGCCCCAGUGCUAUCGAGUGCCUAACGGUCCCCAAUGCUCUGGCUCAGUGGAACAGCACCAUCCCCAGCUGCAUUGUACCAUGUGGGGGGAAUCUGACCCAGCGCACAGGCACCAUCCUGUCUCCUGGAUACCCUGAGCCCUACCUAAACAGUCUGAGCUGUGUGUGGAAAAUCACCGUGCCUGAAGGAUCAGGAAUACAGAUCCAGGUGAUCAGCUUUGUGACUGAGCAGAACUGGGACUCUCUGGAGGUGUUUGAUGGGGGCGACAAUACAGACACCAUGAUGGGCAGCUUCUCAGGUACCUCUGUUCCUGCACUUUUGAACAGCACCUCCAACCAGCUCUACCUGCACUUCUUCUCUGAUAUAAGUGUGUCUGCAGCUGGCUUUAGGCUAGAGUACAAAACGGUCUCCCUCACAAGCUGUCCUGAACCAAUUAUACCUAUGAAUGGGUUCAAAGUGGGUGAGCGUUUACAGAUGAACAAUGUUGUGUCCUUCCAAUGUGAUCCUGGAUAUACUCUACAGGGAGUGUCACAUAUCACCUGCAUGCCAGGAACUGUGCGGCGCUGGAAUUACCCUCCUCCACUCUGCAUUGCACAAUGUGGUGGGAUCAGAGAAGAGAUGGAAGGAACCAUCCUAAGCCCCGGUUUCCCCGGAAACUACCCUAGCAACAGUGAUUGCACCUGGAGGAUCUACCUCCCAGUUGGCUAUGGAGCCCACAUUCAGUUUCUCAAUUUCUCAACUGAGGCCAAUCAUGACUUCCUGGAAAUCCGGAAUGGCCCUUUUGACACCAGCACAGUGAUUGGCAGAUUCAGUGGGCAGGAUGUGCCAGUGUCUCUUCUGACCACGUCCCAUGAAACCACAGUGUAUUUCCAUAGUGACCACUCUCAGAACAAACCAGGAUUCAGAUUUGAUUACCAAGCCUAUGAGCUCCAAGAAUGUCCAGACCCUGAACCCUUUCGCCAUGGUGUGGUGGUCGGUGCUGGGUACAACGUAGGACAGUCCAUCUCCUUCGAGUGCUACCCAGGAUACCAGCUUAUGGGACAGUCAAUUUUAACCUGCCAGCAUGGCACAACCCGCAACUGGGAUCGCCCUUUUCCUCGCUGUGAAGUGCCCUGCGGAGGGAAUAUCACAUCAGACAACGGAACUAUCUUCUCUCCCGGUUACCCAGAGGACUACCCCAAUUCGGUGGACUGCACGUGGCUGAUCACGGUUGCCCCUGGCUUGGGUGUGCGCCUCAACUUCACUCUGAUGCAAAUCCAUGGGCCCCAUGAUUUCAUCACAGUAUGGGAUGGGCCUCAAGAGACCACACGCAAGCUGGGCGUGUUCACUGAGGGCGAACCCAAUGAGCCGCCCAGCAGCACAUCCAAUCAGAUUCUCAUCCGUUUCCGUAGCAACUCUGAAAAAGGUGGACUCUUCAAGAUCAACUACCAAGCCUACAGGCUCCAGUUCUGCUUACCCCCUCCCAUCAUCCCUAAUGCAGAAAUUCUGAUGGCCAGCAAAGAGUUCAAAAUAGGUGAUAUUGUGCGCUACAGGUGUUUGCCUGGGUACCACAUGAGUGGGAACAACAUUUUAACCUGCCGAUUGGGCACACACCUUGAGUUCGAAGGACCUCCACCUUCUUGUGAUGUGACCUGUCCCAUGAAUGAGGUGCUGACGGCUUCUACAGGGGUCAUUCUGAGCCAAUCUCCUGGCAGCGGCUUCCCCCACUUUGAGUCAUGCUCCUGGGUGGUGAAGGUGGAGCCAGGCUACAACAUCACCUUCACAAUCGAGCACUUUCAGACAAGUCGACAGUUUGAUGAGCUGGAGAUCUUUGAUGGUCCAUCCAGACAGAGUCCUCUGCUCAUCACUCUAAGUGGGAACUACUCGUCCCCUCUCAGCAUCACCAGCUCCUCAAACAAAGUCUACCUGCACUGGUCCUUUGACCACACCUCCAGCCACAAGGGCUUCCGAAUCCGCUAUUCAGCGGCAUACUGCAGCCCCCCUAACCCUCCGGUGAAUGGCUCAGUGCACAGCCAGACAGGCACAAAGCUGGGCAGUACCUUGCGCUUUAGCUGUGACCAAGGAUUCCGCCUGAUUGGCCAAAGCAGUGCCACCUGCACCCGCACACUGCAGGGCAUCUACCAAUGGAAUGCUCCUGUGCCCCUGUGCCAAGUGGUGUCAUGUGGGAUGCCCAUUGCACCAGUGAAUGGUAGUGUUGUUGGUCAGGAUUUCACUCUCGGCUCAAGAGUCACUUUCAGGUGUAACCCUGGAUUCCGAUUGGCCAACCCAGUCCCGGUGUCAACAGUUUGUCAAGAGUCUGGGAGGUGGAGCCCAUUGGAAGCCCCACCCCGAUGCAUACCUGUCACCUGCCCUGACAUUGGCCACUCUGCAGUGGAACACGGGAGAUGGAGGCUUAUUUAUGGCAUGCAAAAUCAGUAUGAGGCCAUGAUGAUGCUCACCUGUGACCCUGGCUACUUCUAUAAGGGUCAGAGGGUCAUCCGUUGCCAGGCCAAUAGCUCCUGGGAUUACCCUGAGCCAAGACCUGCCUGUGAAAUUAUCUCCUGUGGGGACCUUGGAACUCCUCCUAAUGGAAAUAAAAUUGGUACUCUAACUGUGUAUGGAGCCACGGCCAUUUUCUCCUGUAACACAGGCUACACUCUGGUGGGCUCCAGGGUGAGGGAGUGUAUGUCCAAUGGAUUGUGGAGUGGAUCUGAGGUCCAGUGUCUUGCUGGUCACUGUGGCUCUCCUGACCCCAUUGUAAAUGGACAGAUAAUUGGUGAGAACUAUAACUAUAGGGGAAGUGUGGUUUACCAGUGCAACCCUGGCUUCAGACUGAUUGGCGUGUCCGUGCGCAUAUGUGAGCAAGACCACCGCUGGUCUGGAAAAGCCCCCGUCUGUGUCCCCAUCACGUGUGGACACCCAGGCAACCCUGCUAAUGGUGUAACACAUGGAACUCAGUUCAACCUCAACGAUGUUGUGCGUUUUGCCUGCAAUACUGGUUAUGUGCUACAGGGGGCCGUCAAGUCUCAUUGCCAACCCAAUGGCCAGUGGAGUAACGCCUUGCCUCGAUGUAAAAUUGUGAACUGCACUGAGCCAGGCCAUGUGGAGAACAGUGUCAGACAGGUCCUGCCCAGCGGACCCCAUCGCUUCAGCUUCCAGACAACCGUCUCCUACACAUGUAACCCAGGAUACUACCUGCUGGGCACCAGCAUUCUGACCUGCCAGGGAGAUGGCACCUGGGAUCGUUCUCUCCCCAAAUGCCUCUUGGUGCUGUGUGAUCAUCCCAGUAUGCCUCCGUAUGCUCAGAUCUCAGGGGAUAGGCGCACAGUGGGUUCAGUGAUCCGCUACAGCUGUAUGGGCCAGCGCUCCAUCGUAGGCAACACCACCCGCAUGUGCCAGCUGGACGGCCAGUGGAGUGGCUCCCCACCACACUGCACAGGUGAUUCUGCAGGUAGGUGUGGAGACCCUGGUAUACCGGUGCAUGGGAUCCGUCUGGGCGAGGAGUUCUCCUCAGGCAGUGUGGUUCGCUUCAGCUGUGAACCAGGCUACAUGCUGCGGGGGUCUUCAGACCGCACCUGCCUGCCCAACGGCACCUGGAUGGGCACACAGCCCGAGUGCCAGGUGGUGUCUUGUGGCAAUCCUGGCACUCCUCGGAAUGCUCAAAUUCAAUUCCAUGAUGGCCUGGUCUUCUCCCGCUCAAUUACGUACUUGUGUAGAGAGGGAUAUUAUUCCACUGGUCUGCUCACCCGCCACUGCACCGUCAAUGGAACCUGGACUGGAGACAUGCCUGAGUGCACAGUUAUUAACUGUGGGGACCCAGGAGUACCUGCAAAUGGUCUCAGACUGGGCAGUGACUUUACCUAUGGCCGCACCGUCAGCUUCCAAUGUUCUCCAGGAUUCACCAUGGAUGCUGACCGUGCGUCCACUCUCAUCUGCACAAAGGACCGCACCUGGAACAGUACCAAACCUGUGUGCAAAGCUAUUGUCUGUGGAGCUCCACCCAGUAUUCCUAAUGGGCAGGUGGUGGGGACAGACUUCCAGUGGGGCUCCAGCAUUAGCUACACCUGUAACCAGGGCUAUCAGCUCUCUCUGCCCACCAUCCUCACCUGCCAGGGCUCCGGCAACUGGAGCGGAGAAAAGCCACAGUGCUUCCCUGUAUUCUGUGGGGAUCCAGGGAUUCCAUCCCAAGGCCGGCGUGAGGACCGGGGCUUCACUUACCUCUCUUCUGUCUCAUUCUCCUGCUUUCCACCACUGGUUCUGGUUGGGUCCACGCGAAGAUACUGCCAGUAUGAUGGAACAUGGAGUGGGACCCAGCCAUCCUGUAUAGAUCCCAGUCACACCAGCUGUGUGGAUCCUGGCACACCGCUGUUUGGAUAUCAGAACAACACUCAAGGCUACCAGAUUGGCAGCACAGUGUUCUAUAGCUGCAGAAAGGGCUAUCUGCUCCUUGGCUCCAUCUCUCGGACCUGCCUGCCCAACCUCACUUGGAGUGGCAUGCAGCCAGAGUGCAUUGCUCAUCACUGUAGUCAGCCCGAGCUCCCAGCACAGGCAGAUGCCAGAGCCAUAGAGCUGCCAUCUCUCGGCUACACGCUCAUCUACACCUGUCAGCCUGGCUUCUACCUGGCAGGGGGCUCUGAACACCGCACCUGCAGAGCGGAUGGCAGCUGGACCGGCAAGCCGCCACUAUGUGCAGCCGAUAACAGACCAAGCGGAAAAACAGUAGGAACUGUUCAAGAGCCUCCCAACACGAAACUUCAGGUGCCUAGUGGAGUGUUUGCUAAGAACUCUCUGUGGAGGGGAUCGUAUGAGUACCUGGGGAAGAAACAGCCAGCCAUGCUGAGCAUAACUGCUUUUGAACCGUUCAGCAACCGGGUCAAUGGCACCCUCAUGGACCACAGUGGAGUGCAGCUCAAUCUGGCUGGUACCUACAAGAGAGAGGAGGCUCAUCUGUUGCUGCAAGUCCAUCAGAUCCGAGGACCAGUGGAGAUCUUUGUGAACAAGUUUAAAAUUGACAACUGGGCUCUAGAUGGACAUGUGUCAUAUAUGGCUUCGUCUAACUCCUUUGUAUAUCAAGGAUUUGUUCGAGGAAAAGGAUUUGGUCAGUUUGGGCUUCAGAGGCUAGAGAGCCUGGACCCAAAUGGGGAGAAUCCAGGCUACAACUUUGCCUCUAACAGCAGUUCAGUGGCAGCAGCCAUUUUAGUGCCUUUUAUAGCCAUGAUUAUAGCAGGAUUCGCUCUGUAUCUCUACAAACACAGGAAAAGACCCAAAGUACCCUUCAACGGUUACGCAGGCCAUGAGAACACUAAUGGAAGAGCAACCUUUGAAAACCCCAUGUAUGACCGUAACAUUCAGCCCACAGACAUCAUGGCCAAUGAAUCUGAGUUCACGGUCAGCACAGUCUGCACAGCCGUAUAGCCACCGCUUUGUCCACAGGUUGAGGACGAGUUUGUUCCCCUGCCCACACGAGUGGCCCCACAGGCAGGAACGGGCUGCGUGGGUGGGCUGGAAGAGAAGAAUGGAAAAUUAUUUUCAUUUUUAACAGAUUCUAAUUAUAGCGAAAAGAGAUCGCUCCCUGAUGAUGAGGCAGGAAACAAACAAACUAAUAAAAAAAAUCUUGACGGGAAAACACACAAACAUGUUCCUCGGAGACGACAACAGCAGCGUCUGUAUCUGAAACUCUACCUGUUCUUACAUGCUUCUGCUGUUCCUCUUGUUUUAUUUUUUGUUUUUGUUUUUUUUUUUUUUCUGGGAAGAGCUUCCUGUGGAACUUUGGCAUGGGAGAGGGGACGAUUGUGACACUCAAUUUUGUCACUUGCCAAAAUAAAAAAGAGAGAGACAGCGAAAAAUAACUUGGUGGGCUAUUUUCAUACUGGGCUUUCAGUAGCAAGGGGCCUGCUGGUGCUGUUUUUUUUUUCUCUCUGGAUGAACAGGGAUAUGCGGAGAGCUUGCUAUGAGUGGAAUUAGUGAGAGGAACACCCUGGACAGUUGGAGCUCUGUUUCACUUUUUGACAUUUUUUUUUUUUUUGACUCUCCAUGGAGUGCAUUUUGCCUGUUUUUUUUUUCCUUGCACAUCGAAGCUGCGAAAUUACAUAUAAACGCAGACUUUGUUCACAUUACAGGGCCUCUCUGGUUGACAGUUUCACUAUCAAUUCCUCUGAAAUUUUCACCUGAAGCCACAGAGCGUGAAUUGAAGUAGAAUGAGAUUUUGAGGCUUAUUAGAAGACAAGGGUUCUAUCAUUAGGGCCUCUCUCUGCUCGCUCCAGCCUGGAGCGUGGAUUGUUCUCUCUGCAGCAUUUCGCCACCCUGGCUGGCUGAGAUUGGAAAGCCAGUACAUGCCCCUGAGGAAAGCACUGGAAAAGAAUAUGAAAGGAAAUGGGGAAGGUUAUUUGUGUGUGUGGGGAGAGCUGGCAAGGCUGACUUUAGGCGAUUUAUCUUCUUUGAAUUCUGUUAGUUUUCUGAUGCUUUUUUUUUUCUUUUUUUGUGGGUCCUGCAUUUACAGCAAGGAAUGUAGUGCACAUUCAGGACUUGGAUGACAUCUGCAUUCCUCCGUGUGGGCCAUCUGAGCGGCGCCGUCUCCCUCCCACCCCUCAUUAGUCUGCAGUGGAUGUCCUGAGUGCCGUUCACUGAUAUUUAAAAAGGCAGCCAGCAGUAAUGGAGUGUUCUGGGUGCUCUGGCCUGCAGGCUUACAGAGAUGGUGUUCAGAAGCACUAUUCUUCAGCUGUGAAUUCUCCGAGGGGUGUGGGGGGGGGGGUGCUGCUGAUGUCUUCUGUUUUAAUUACUUUACCUUUCUUCAUAGAAAGGUUGUCAACAGAACACAAACAAAACAACAGCAAAUGUUGAAAACAUAAAAAAUAGCAUACAAAGCACGCCGUCUGACUCCUGGUCAUAGCUCUAAGCCUUGCAUUCUAGCAAGAGCGCAAGGUCAAGGCAAAGCUGAAUGAAAUGGUGCCGAUUCGAUCUUUGUGUUCGUUCUACUUCUAUUUAAGAUCAAAGCAAGAAAACGUGAAAGUGGUAUGAAAUGCAAUUUGUCCUGGCAUACUUAUAUUUUCCCCCUCAUUUCAGUCACAUGUGUAUUCAAGGAUAAAGUAUGACCUGAAAAAGGCCAAAUCUGAAAAAGAGCCGGGCAAUUUAUUGACACAUUUUUCUACAGACUUUUUAAAAUUUUAGUUGGUUUAGGCUAAUAGGGACCUUUGCAGAUGGCACAAGGCAUAUUCACAACACAUCAGUCACUCCAGAAUCAUGGAGGUAGAGAUGGCUUGUGAUGGAAAGCUGUGUUUAUGAUUUUGUUUAUCUCAUGCUCAUUUUAUGUGAUAUUAAGGGCAGUGACUAAGAGAUAAAAAGACUGAAUAUCAGUCUUACUGCGAGCUGCUUAUUAAGAACAGAAAAUAAAGGAUAAAAGUCGGUAAAGUUAUGAUGGACUUUCAGAGGAUAAUUUAUCAAUCAGAUAGAUUACUAGUGGAGCUUAUCUCUAUGCCUAGUUUUACUUGCUCUUGUCCAGAAAUGUGUGCAUGUUGACCAGAUUGUACUUGAGACCCAUCUGAGCAACAUAUGUCCCACAAACAGUGUGCCUCCAUUUUAUUGUUAUACUUUCAUUAACCUCAUCUAGUGUUCUCAUAUGAGAAGCCCUCAGUUAUGUAUAUUUGCCUACAAAACAUGAGCAUAAAUGCCAGACCGGCAGCGUUUUAUUCGCUCUCUUUCUUUUUCUCAUUGUUUAGUGGUCCAGCUUGGAAAAUCAAUCCAGCAUGCUGUAGUCAUUUAGAAUACUCAUGUGGUGGUUCCCCUUCUGUCACAUGGAUUUGCCUAUUUUUGGCUUUGUGUAGCCUUCUUACUUCCAAGCCCUCAAUUAUCUAGUGCCUACUAUCAUUGGCGUGCAUUUGCAAAGAGCGUUUAAAGUCCCUGACAUUAUUUGCUACAGUGAAGAGAAGAAAAAAAACAGCUUCUGAACGGAAGCACUGUAUUGUUCCUUCAGUCUGUUUCACCUCUCUUCUGGUAAUUGCUUUUACAAUUUUAUUACUUUUUAAAUCUGUAGCUUAUCUCAGCUACGUGAAUAUAAUAUUGCCCUGUGCUUGUUUCAAUUGUGAGUUGAUGGAAAAAGCAAAGAUUGUAUUUCCCCUGUGAUUUCACAGGCAAAACGGUUGGCAGGCACAUUAUCUUAAACCUAUUGGCAUUCGCUUCACAUUGCAGAUUAUGACGCUGUUCUUUUUUUUUCUUUUCUUCCUUUCCCUCAAAUAAUUUCAUUUCCAAUUGCUUUAUCACAGUGGAUGGCGUCUGCACUCACUUAUACCCUAUUUCCCACACAUCAUAUGUCAGUUAUGACUCUGUAUCCCCAGCAAUUUAUUUCCUGUGGUAAAAUGGAGACAAUGUCUGAUAUAAAUCCAGUGACCGUUUUACAGAAGCAAAGGGGCAAACGACGUAUGACCUGAGCUAUUGUUUUAGCGUUAGGACUUGAAUUAAAAUGAUCCUAGGAAAACACUUUCAAUCUAUCAUUUAGGGUUUUCUUACGGGAACUCCAGACAGAAGGGCUUUUUAGACGAGAGAGCGCUGAAAUCCCUUCUUCUUUUUAUCUCCUACUUUAUGCUUGCUAAAAAGAAGCUAAGAAUUCAGGCAACAUCUAGUGUUUCUUGAGGUCUUGCCCAUCCGUUGCACCACUGUUUUGGUAACUCUCAGUUGUUAUCUGGCUCAGAGAAGGUUUGGUCUUUCCCCAGCUCCCUAUUUACCAUUGUAAUACUGUACAUUGGUGCAUUUCAAAAAACAACUGUCAACUGCCAGGGGAGAAUUUCAAAGCUACUGGUUCUUGCUCUGCUGUGUUUGGCUGAGAGUUAAGCCUUUGUGUUAUUCUUAGCCCAGGAGAAAAACACAUGACUGGAGAGAAAGAGAGAAAGAAAGGAAGAGCAAGCAAACAGAGCAGAGCUUUUCUGAAAACCUUUGAAUUUGUUUACAAUAGAUUCAUGUAUUGACGAGGCUCCAGGCAAUCUAAUUUCAUUAGAAUCCUCCCAAAAAAUAAACAUCUGCUUUGCUGGACUUCAUGUAUGAUGGCUAUAAUCAUUAGUCUGUUCCUUCUUACUGAUAUCAGCCAGUGGUUUACAAUAUCUAGCAUUAUCAUAGAACAUCUAUGGUACUUCUUUGCCAAAGUGGAAGGUAUGUGCUGCCUUUAUUGUAUAGCUUUGAUCUGUUAGAUAUAACAUUUUAAAAUGAUAUCCAUUUUGGCGAUAUGAAUGCUUUGAACGCAUUAUUGUUACUAGCAAACAACUUUCAAUUAUUGGUCUUUCAGCCUCUAUGAUGUCAUUUAGCUCCUGUUCACUGUGCAGAGAGAGGUGAUCAGGCCAGAGAUCCUCAUAUUUUCCAGCUGCAAUGAAAGCUGACUCUUUAGGCCCAUCUUUAUCACCUCAUGCCAGGCUUCGUUGUCUCUCCUGGGGAGCUAUAAAGGGCCUGAUUACUCGGUAUGGUCCAGUCAUUGAGUUAAGGUGUCAGAAUCCCAGCAGCUUCUGUUUUUCAAGCUGCUUGUGUUGGUGAAAUAUCUCUGUUAAUGUUAAUCUUGCUUUUUUGUAUUAGUUGGAAGGAAAUAACACCCCAACCCCCCCAACUUUUGCCGGUUCUAUAGCUACAUUUCAGGUGUGACUGAACUAGCAUUGCACCGACAUUGUUGUUUGUACACACUUCACUCAUGAACGUCAGAGUCUCGAGCCUUAUAUGGAUGAAGUAAGACAAGACGGGAAGUAGCAUUCACAUGGAAAUGCCCAUAUUACAUUGAAUGUAUCUCAGCUCUUUGAAUUGCCUGUAUAGUAGCUAAAUAUCUUUACCUUCAUGUUUCCCACAGCUAAGCCUAUUCACUGGUUUAUACAUGGAAGCAAAUUAAAUAACCACCUUAACUCUCAAAAUGUCCCCAGAGAAGAGAUGUUUAUCCAUAUUAUGAAAUAUAUUUUGAAUUGUACAUAACCUAUAUUGAUAUAGUUUUUAUCCCCAGAGUAUGUAAUCUGAUGAUUCCAUUUAAAACCCUUGGACUAAAUAAUCAAAUUCUAUGUUGAAGCGUUCAGUAUGCACUUUUUAGAAUCCUGCUUUUCCUCCUGUUUUAACUGUUCCUUUUGAAAAAAAAGAACCCAAACAACCCAUGCAUUCCUCUCCUCUCAGCAAGAGAGAAGUGCCCAACCUUGAGUGACUUUUACAGGACUGCUCUGCCUAGCCAAAGCCUCAAGGAACACAGUCAGACUGCAGUUAUAUGCUCUUUGACCAAAAGGGUUUUUUUUUUUGUUGUUGUUGAAAAGCAAGUGUACAAAAUGUGAGAGGACCUGAAUGGACUGGCCGAGUGUGAAAUACACAAGGAGAAAGAAAAACAAAUGAACAAAAAAAUAAACAAAACUUUUUGUACAGAGAUAUAUUUUUUUGGAAAUACAUUUGUAAUAUAAAAAAGAGAAAAUGGAUUGACAGAUCUGUAAAUGUUUUUCAUUAUUGUAGUACAAAUGCUAGUGGGGAAUAUAAAAAAAAUCUAUAUAUAUACAAAGAGAAAAUAGAAACAAAGCUUUUUUUGUAAAUGUAAAAAAGAUUGUAUAUACAAGUUUACAUAUUGUACAUAUGUAAUACCCGACAUGGCUUGUCUGCAGUAUAUAAAAUGUAUUUUAUCCGUCUGUAUAUGAUGCUUUGCAUUGUGUUUAAGCUUAUUCUACUUUCUUGAACU